UUGUUCUGAAAAUUUAAAAGGCAAAUAAGGCUUAAAGAAGGAGUACAAAAACUAGUUUUUAAGAUAGUAUUAACCAAUAGCUAUCACGCGAUAUUGCUAAACCUACAUAAACAGUGAUUGUGAUGCAAGUUUUAUGAGAUUAUAUAAAUUGAAUAACAUGUCUAAUAAUUUAGAUACCUUAAGUGAAACUACGACAAAUUAUAAAUCAAUAUUAUAAUAGUACUAGUUCAUUAAUGAAACAAAAUUACUACUCAAUAAUAAAAUAGUCAAGCGAUCAACUUAAAAUCAACCUAAAAUUUAAUCAUUAAAAAUUAGACAAUUUCUUAACAAAUUUCCUUAAGAAAAAAUUAAUUGUUGUUUGAAAUGGCGUCUCCAGUCAAGGAAUUAGAUAUUAUAUUAAAAAGAACUGUAAAUGACUCGAAGAACAGUAAUGAGUCCUCAAACUUAUAAAAAUCAUAUUACAACAAAAGCUAUGGCAUCCAAUGGUUAUACUGAUUCUGAGACUCCAGUCAAGGAGUCCAAAAACCAUUCAUCACCUUGUGAGUUAUUCAAGUCAAUGCCAUGGUUUGGUAUGGAUAUAGGAGGUACAUUAUCCAAAUUGGUAUAUUUUGAACCGAAAGAUAUUACAAGAGAUGAAGCAGAUGCAGAAGUUGAGACUUUAAAAAAUAUUCGACGAUAUCUAACUAGAAAUUCAGCAUAUGGGAAAACAGGUCAUAGAGACACACACUUGCAAAUGGAUAAUGUUUGUAUCAGAGGUAGACGUGGUACAUUACAUUUUAUUAGAUUUCCUACAAGUGAGAUGGGAAAUUUUUUAGCAUUAGCAAGGUCUAAAGGCAUGGCAAAUCUUGUCACAACAGUUUGUGCUACUGGUGGUGGUGCAUAUAAAUUUGAAAAAAAUUUUAAACAAGAAGUAAAUAUGAAUUUAGCAAAAUUUGAUGAAUUAGAUAGUUUAAUACGUGGUAUGCUCUACAUAGAAACAACAAAUCCACACGAAUGUUAUUACUGGUCACAUCCUACAGAUGAUAGUAAAUGUCAGAAGGUUCCCUAUGACUUUUCUGAACCCUACCCGUUUUUGCUUGUAAAUAUAGGAUCAGGAGUAAGCAUAUUAGCAGUUUAUGGGCCAGAAAAUUAUAAAAGAAUAUCUGGUACUAGUCUAGGUGGUGGCACAUUUUUAGGAUUAUGUUGUUUACUAACUGGAUGCAACACUUUCGAAGAGGCAAUAGAAUUAGCAACUGGAGGUGAUAAUACUAGAGUAGACAAAUUAGUUAAGGAUAUUUAUGGUGGGGAUUAUGGUCCAUUUGGUCUUCCUGGCGAUCUUGUUGCAAGCAGUUUUGGACAGAUGAAUUCUAAAGAUCGACGGAAUGCAGUUAGCAAACAAGAUCUCGCACGCGCAACACUUGUUACCAUUACAAACAAUAUUGGUUCUAUCGCGCGUAUGUGUGCCGUCAAUGAAAAAAUUGAAAGGGUAGUAUUUGUAGGAAAUUUUCUUAGAGUAAAUCCUAUAUCAAUGAAACUUCUGGCCUAUGCUAUGGAUUAUUGGUCUAAAGGAACGAUGAAAGCUUUGUUUUUAGAGCAUGAGGGUUAUUUUGGUGCAGUAGGAUGCCUACUUCAAUUUAAGGGUGAAGCAAACUAAUAUUAUAGAAAGACGGAUAAUAUAUAUAGCAUUCCAUUUGAUAUUCUAACUUAAAUGAAUCUUUUCAUGAGGGUGGUUAUGUAAUUAUUCAACAUAAUUAUUUAUUUUUGUUAUGUAAUAUCAACUUUCUCAGGUAGUAUUGUAUAUGUUGUAUAUGCAAUGUUACAUCAAAUUUUAAUAAUGGUAUAAAAUUAAGGUCAGGAUUGUAUAAUUUUGAAAUGUGACUAUAUUUAUUAAUGAAUGAGCACAGUAUAAUUAUACACAAUAUAAUCAUUUUAAAACGCGUUACAUGAUUAUUACAUAAAGACCUAAUGUGGGCACAAACCUUGCACGAGUUUGUAUAAGAAUUUUCAAUGGACCAAAACGCAUACAAUUUACCACACAAUAUUCUUUGUAUCAGUAAAAUGAGUCUACCUCGUAUUUUACUUUCUAAAUGUUUUUGUAAAUACGUAUAUACCCAAAUUCUUACAAACAAGGCAUGAUAUUUACUAUUAUUGAUAUUACACGAUUUUUCAAUUGUUCACAAACAAAAUUGUGACAAAAAAAAUUGCAAGAAAGAAAUUGCAUUAAUGAGUACUUAAUAUGUGUUAUUACUAAUGACUUCAUUAUUGAUACAUUUUUAUUUUUAUCAUUAAAAAAAAUAUAAAAUUAUACUUGAUCUAUGAUGAUAAUGGUUAAAAUUAAUACAAAGCAUAUUGGUUGGUGGCGACUUUUAUAGGUUAUUUACAUGCAUUUUUUAGUUAUUUGAAAACUACAUUGAGUAAUGUGCAUUCAUUAUUAUUAAAUAUUAACGCGUUAUACAUACAGUGCUUCAAAAUGUAGACACGUAGCAUAUUGUUACACACUUUUUAAUAGAAUAAUUUAUAAUGUGAUAAGCAAUAGAAAGAUAAAAUACCUAUUAUCACAAUAUUUGUACUAUAGCACUAUAAAAAGAAUGUUUUUUCUAAACAUAUUUUAUGAUAUGUUUAACGUUAUAGCCAACAUUUAUAUGAAUUUACAAAUACAAAAAGAGAACAAAUUUGUUUAUAAGCUUAUUUUUAUGGAAUAGAAACAAAUGUAAUUUUCUUAUAUCAAUAAAUAAUUCCUUAUUGACCCCGA